CCAAAGCACACACCAACUCCUCCAGACCCCAGCGGCAGCACCAUCAUCAUCAGCUAGCUAGUUUAGAAGUUGAAGUAGCAAAGCGAGGUCGGCCGGCAUGGAUUCAGGCAAGGAGGCGGCGGCGAACGUGGGCGCGUCGGCGCGCGCCGGCAUGGAGAAGACGAGGGCCGCCGUGCAGGGGCAGGUGGACAUGGCCGCGGCGUACACGACGGGGCACAAGGAGGCGGCCGAGAUAAACAAGGAGGCGGCCAAGGUGAAGAUGCAGCAGAGGGUGCACGCCGCCGAGGAGGAGAAGCAGCGCGCCAUGCGCGAGAACGCCGCCGCCAAGGAGCACGCCAGCGGCGCCGGGAAGGAGGAGGAGGAUCGCCACGACGGUCACCGCCCAGAGAGCGGCCACGGUGGGGAGUGA